UUCUGUUAUGUUUGCAGCAAAGUGUCGCCAUGUGUGCCUGUGUCUGUCAGGUGAGGUGCCUGGUGUGUAAUCACAGGCUUGUGUGCACUGUCCAGCAUUGUUAAAGCAUCAGUAGCUGAAAGGUGUGAUAUUAAGUGUAAUUUUUAUGCUUAAAAUGGAAAGACAGACACAUCUGUCUAUGGUGAUUCCUGUCAAUCACAUGUCCGAAACUCAUAUUUCAGGGGCCACUGCAUUAAGGUCCAUGCUAUUUGAAAAAGGGAAAUGAUGGAGAUCUGUUGUUGAUGGAGAUGUUUUUCUUUGACAGGGGAACAGAUUUUAAAACACACUGGAAUGUGCCUUCAAAAUGCCUGGUUUAUGUUACCAUAGAAACGAGGAGAGGGACGUUUGAAACAUUUUUAACCGGCAGGACAAAUUUAUACCUGAGAACUGUGGCUGUUGUCUCCAAUCAUGGCUUGUAAGCCCACCCUGGAAAAGCAAACUUCACAGAUGUUGUUGAUGGCAGGAGAACCUGAGAAGACUGCUUCCUUAUAUGAAAUACAGAUUAAAGAAGAACAGUUGGAAGAACUUACAUCACUGUGCGAGGAGCACAAACAGGUGUUGGGGAGUUUGCGACAAAACAAAACUGAGUUGGACAAGGAUAUUCAGAAAAAGCAGGAGUUACUCUUAGGCUUUGAUACGUAUCUCAAGACUGAAGAGCCUAAUGAACUUGUUGAGAGGCAAAGGGAAGAAAGGCGUCAAAAGGAGGCAGAGAUAAAGGAGCUAAAAGAGGAGCUUGCUCAACUGACAGAGAAGAAACACAAGAUAGACUGUCAAGUGCAGAAACAUUCUGUGUACAAGGACAAUGUGGAGCAGGCGGCAAAACUGGCUAAGUUUGAGGAUGUGGAGUCAUUCGUGGGUUAUGUGGAACAUCUGCGCCACUUUAGAGACCAGCUCCAUCAGAGGGAGAGUGAGUCGCAGGAGCAGGCCGACCAACUGAGGAAAGCACUGGUGACACUGCAAGACCAGCGCCGCAUGCUGCAGCUGCGAACGGUCAAAAAGCAGACCCAGCUCCAGACCGAGCUUGAGCAGAUGUACUGUGAAGUUUUUACAUGGGAAAGGAAGUGGAACCACAUUCAGCAAACUGCUGUAAAGAAAACUCUCCUGGGACAGAUUAAGAUGUGGACCCUCGACAUCUACAAAAAGACAGGUGGCCUUUUAGAGGGACAGGAAGGUGUGGAUAUGAAUGACACAGAGAAACAGCUGGACAAGAUCCGAAACUUUAUACAAGACCAUGAAGACAUACUGAAACAACAUCAGACUUCCUGGCAGAGACCCAGUAGAGGACAGGAUAAGACACACACCAAAAAGCGCAUUGAAACUCACCGUAAUCAACAUUAAAAUGUUUCAGUUUUAACUUAAAAGCAAUGAACUUAAUAAAAUUUAAGACACUGAGUGAAUUCAACAACUGGUCAGUCAUUGUAGUAGGAAUCUCUAGAAGGAUCUGCAUUGCAAUCUCAGCAUAUUUACUAUGUUUGUAAUGAAGAGGUGUGAGAGUAGGGUGUAAAAAAAUCUUUUUUCCAGAAGAGAGUAUGUGCCUUAAUUAUGACUGUUUUCAUUUUAAAUAAAAAUCUAUGUAGAUAACCAAAGAUCUCCUUUGAUCUAAAUAUAGUGCAUGCUGAGAGGCAUGUCAAUAACCUUCGAAAGUUUAAUAUACUUGAAUUAACGAGUUUAGUAAGUGAUCAAUGAUAAUCUAGCUCCGUGCUGUAAUUAACAGGGCUUCAUUAUAAGAGGUUAACCAGUUCUAAUAGUAGUAACUAUAAAUUUUAGUGGACUUCUUUUACCUUGUUAAAUACUAUAUAUCUAGUAGCAUCAUCGGAUAAGUUGUACUACUAUUGAUGUACAACUACCAUGUGACUUGUAAGUGAAGUAAUUACUGAUCAUGCUGAACACAAGGGCCUGUACUGCCACCCUGUGGUCAGUAAGUAAAUCGACGACUCCUACACAUAAUGAAUCAGUCCUUUUUAGGACUUGACUUUGGCUGAUUAGACUUGUUUUUAGUAAAGUAAUACAAAGAAUCUCCUGAGAUUAUUAAACUCCAUCCAACAAGUCGUUCACCUGUACUAGGUGCAAAGUUCACAGAUACACCUGUGUGAAUGUUCAUUGAUUUUAAAACCUAUUGUAUAUGUAAUUAUUUGCUGCUGUUUCAUCAUUUAUUAGUUUAUUUUUUAUCCAAAUAUUGAAUGUUGCUCAUUAAGCAAUUUACAAUCUGUAGUUCGCAUAAAUGCUAAAUACUAAUUUAAAA